CAUACCACUAAGAUUAUUAGCCUAAAAUAGCCAUCAUUGAAGAUAGUGAAGUAGGCCACCAUCUUCUUCUUCUCUGCAGUGACCUUGGAUCUCUGUAGAGCCUUUACGGUGUGACUUUUCCACAUUUGUCCUAUAUUUUGACACUUAUCAUACUCUAUCAUUGUUUCUACCCUCACCAAAUCCCAAAAGGUAACAACCCUUUACAAAAGCCUAGAACCAUAGCACGAAGCAUAUAACAUUAAUCAUUGGUGUAUUAGUCAAAAAGAACAGCCUCAUUAGUCAAAAGCCUCAUUCUUUACUCAAAUGGGUUUGGUUUUCUUGUGGUCAUUAAUGGUUCUGUUUAAGUUUUAACCUGUAUUAUUAGGUGCAAGUAAUCAAAGAAACUUGAUGCUUUUGUUGGUACUGAAAAAGGGAAGGUUUUUUUUCCUAUGCUGAAAUGCUACUAGAGUACAAAGCAAGUCAAGUUCAGUGAAGAUUCUGGUGGAAAAGUUUACAUUUUGGUUAAGAAAGUGUUGCUAAUGGGGCUUGAAGGUUUGAUUCCAAGGCAUAAUCGUUCAAAGAGCUUUCCUGAUAAGAAAACAGUCCAGGAGGAUAUUUCAGAUAGCCUUGAGACUUCAGAUCAAACAAAGCUGGAUGCAGGUUAUGUCACGGAAUGCAGUGAAGCUAAUAUUAAACAAACCCCCGUGAAUAAUGUUCGAAAUACUCUGAAGCAAGAGAUUUUACAAUUAGAGAAAAGACUAGAAGACCAAUUUAAGGUUAGAUGCACAUUAGAAAAGGCACUUGGAUACCGACCUAUAUCUCUUGUUAAUCCAGAUGACAUGACAAUACCCAAGCCAACCACAGAUUUAAUAAAGGAAAUUGCGGUUUUAGAGUUAGAAGUUGUAUAUUUGGAACAAUAUCUUCUCUCCUUAUACCGUAAAGCAUUUGAACAACAACUAUCUCCCGCCGUGGCUCCGUCUACUGUGGAGGAAAGCGAAAAGUCUCCUCCUCUAAUAACACCUAGAGAUAGAUUCCUUGAAGUUUCUCCAUCUCUAACAAUAAAAGGAUGUUCUGAUGUACAAUGUAUUGAUCCCAAGGUUGAUAGUAUUAAAAAAGAAUGUAAUGAAUAUGGACUCGAGACUCCGGAUAAAGAAUGCAUUGUAUAUCAUCCAGAAGAAAAACAUUUAGACUCUGGUGUUCAUCGUUGUCACUCCUCGUUAUCUCAAUAUUCAGCAAGAGUAUCUCCUCCAGAAGAAGCGUUGACCGAUUCUUUACGCGCCUGUUAUUCUCAACCCUUGUCUAUGGUGGAGUUUGCGGAAAACGUUGAUGCUUCAACAAAAAUAAUCAGUCUAGCAGAACAUCUCGGUACUCGAAUAUUUGAUCAUAUUCCAGAAACAGCUAAUAGGCUUUCUGAGGAUAUGGUUAAAUGUAUUUCAGAGAUAUAUUACAAACUUUCAGACGCACCUGCAACAAAUCCCGGCCUUUCAUCUCCCAGUACUUCAACAAGUGCCUUUUCUAUUGGAGAUCAAGGAGACAUGUGGAGUCCAGGAUUCAAAAAUAACUCGUCUUUUGAUGUAGAGUUAGAAAAUCCUUUUCAUGUUGAAGGACUCAAGGAGUUUAGCGGGCCUUAUAGCACCAUGGUUGAGGUAUCAUGGAUUUAUAAAGUGAACCAGAAAUUGGGUGAUACAGAGCAGUUGCUCCAGAAUUUCAGGUCACUUAUUGGUCAAUUAGAAGAAGUAGAUCCGGGGAAGUUGAAACCCGAUGAGAAGUUAGCUUUCUGGAUCAACGUACACAAUGCUUUAGUGAUGCAUGCUUUUUUGGCUUAUGGAAUUCCACAAAACAAUGUCAAAAGGGUCCUUCUUCUAUUAAAGGCUGCAUAUAAUGUUGGAGGUCAUACCGUCAGUGCAGACACAAUACAGAAUACUAUACUCGGGUGUCGAAUGUCUCGUCCUGGACAGUGGUUCCGCGUGUUCUUUUCUUCAAGAACUAAAUUCAAAGCUGGAGAUGGACGACAAGCAUUUGCAAUCGAGCAGCCUGAGCCUCUUCUUCACUUCGCACUUUGUUCUGGAAACCACUCUGAUCCAGCGGUACGUGUAUAUACACCGAAGAGAGUGCAUCGAGAAUUAGAAGUUGCGAAGGAAGAGUACAUUAGAGCCACGUUUGGGGUACGCAAGGACCAGAAAAUACUUCUACCCAAGAUUGUAGAUUCAUUCUCCAAGGAAUCGGGUUUGUCCCAUGCCAGUCUUAUGGAGAUGAUCCAACACUCUAUACCUGAAUCUCUGAGAAAAAGUAUCAAGAAAUGUCAUCUUGCAAAAUCCGGAAAGAGUAUAGAAUGGAUUCCACACAACUUUACUUUUCGAUAUCUCAUACCUAAGGAGCUGGUAAAAUAAUUACUUUGUAACAUUAUGGGAGACUAUAUGCAAAUGUUUGAUCAAUUAGUAUGUAUUCUUUUGUGAUUUGGAUUUGGUGUAGUAAUUGUGUCACGCAGUUUUCGAUCUCUACUGUUUGAUCUCAAACUAACAAGCUCAUCACAUAUUAACGGCCGAGAUCUAAAACUGCGUGCAACUGCGUGUUUUGUGUACUGCAACAGAUCCUGAUCCUUUGUACAAAAUUGACAGGGUAGCAGUAACAGAUAAAUCUAAUAUUGCAACAUGUAGUGAUAGCAUUUUGCAUUUGUAAUAUGUUUUGUCAUGUUAUUUAUUGUAGUAUCUAUAAUUGUUGUAGUUUA